AUGUCAACAGCGCGUGUUCUGCGAUUGACCAUGCCAGGGCCCUGUCCGCUAGAUAUCACCAGGCAGAGAGAGGUGAAACCUUUUGAGAGUGCGUCGACCCGGGAAAUCCUCAGAUUUGCAGAUUUGAAGACAAUAACUAGCACACCGGAUAUACUCGGCAUGCACGCUUUUCGGUUUCGGAGACUCUGGGCCGGGAAGAACCUGGUCAGGCUACACGGCGCUAAUCCCCAACAAGAGAUUAGUGGAGCGUUCCAGCCAACCAGAUUGAAAGGUGGACGGCCAGGGUACAUGGUACCCCGGAUUCUUCUAUCGAUAUCCUCAGCAGCCGCUGUCCACCCCAAGAACAGUGAUUGUCCCUAA